UGUACCAUUUCGAUGACGUAGAAUAAACUAAUAUCAGUCGUUGAUUUUAUUGGCAGCGGAGAGCUAUAAUGGAUAAACGCACUGGCCCAACACACUUUUUAUUUCGCUUUUUCUUAUUAUCAUGUUUAUUUGGGCUAUCGCUCGCAACGGAACUCAGCUUUGUGACUUGCGGCUCGGUUGUGAAGCUGUUAAACGUAAAGCACAAUGUCAGACUGCACUCUCACGACGUGCGCUACGGCUCUGGUAGCGGGCAGCAGUCAGUGACAGGGGUAACCACACUGGAGGACAGCAACAGUUACUGGAGUGUACGGGGCACCAGCGGAACCCUAUGUCACCGGGGGACUCCUGUUAAGUGUGGACAGACCAUCCGCCUCACCCACCUCAACACCGGACGCAACCUGCACAGCCACUACUUCGCUUCUCCGCUGUCCUCCAACCAGGAGGUGAGUGCGUUUGGUGAGGAGGGAGAGGGGGACCACCUGGAUGAGUGGACGGUGCAGUGCGGAGGGUUGGUGUGGGAGCGCGAGGAGGCCGUCCGCUUCCAGCAUGCCUCCACUGAUACGUUGCUAUCUGUUACGGGGGAGCAGUACGGCCGGCCCAUCCACGGGCAUAGGGAGGUGCACGCUAUGACGGGCCCCAGCCAGCACAGCCUGUGGAGGGCCAUGGAGGGGGUGUUUAUGAAGCCCAGUGAAAGCCCACUAGGGAACAUGGACUACAGCCAUCCUCUACACACAGAGUUCUAAUUCUCCAUCAACCUGUUACCUGACCCAGCUAUCGAACUAGUCGGUGUUUCUUCAUCCUGUUCCUGGGGACCCGAAAGCUGUGUUUUAGUUUUUGCCUUAGCACUACACACCUGAUUUUUAAAAUCAUCAAAGCUUGAUGAUGACUUGAUAAUUUGAGUCAGCUGUGUAGUCAGGGCUCAAAACGCAACCCUUUGACUUGGUAGUGCGACACCAAUUUUAAUUGAUCGUUAGGGUGCCAGUGAUUUUAUAUAUUUUUUUGGUCUGGUCACGUUAGUUUUUGGUUCACAAUUAGCUUUCUUUUAUUAUUAUCAAGAAUUAUUCAAACAGCAAUGUGUAUGCAUGCAACAAUGGGUAUGCAGACCAGGUAUUCAAAAAGUUUAGUCCGAAGUCUUGAUUGAAUCUUUGCGAUGCGCAAUUCAGUCAUCAUGCGCAGUUUGAAUGAGCAUUUCUAAAGGCUAUCACAAAAAAACCUUCCCAAUUAAAUUACUGCAAAUGAAGCCUACCUGGCAGAAUGAUAUCAUGAUGAUUUGAUUCAAUCAUGGGGCAUUUGUUUUGCAAAUGGACUGCCAUCACAUGUAGCCUACACUGUGCAGUACAAAAACACUGCUAGCCAAACACAAGGGUCUCUUGCUAAGUGUGUAGUUUAAUUAAAAGGCAACUACACCCAGACCUCAAAAGGGGUUUAAGCAUUGUUGUGAACUUGUAACAUCCCAACAUAUAAAAAAAAAAAGGUGUGAUUUGAGUGUGAACCUGAAGAAGAAAAACCUAGGAGAACUCAAAAACCCGGAGAGAAAAAAAAAUCGUGAAAACAGAAUUUACCAAAAGAUAAAACAGAUUUUAUAGGCCUUACAACUGUAGUGUGACUGUUUAACAUAGCGAACAUGUAUGAACGUGUAUGGAGGGUAGGUCAUUAUAGGAUAUAGGCUACUUGCUCAGCCCGCAAAUUAUAGAACAUUCCAAUGAUGUGCGCAUCAUCCACUCUCUCGGGCCAGUAUUCUUUUCCAUUCAGGUUAGUAGCUUUCAGUUGGCACUGGCCUGGUGUGCCACUGGCAAAUGUACCUGAAUGUCAAGCCCUGCAAGGGCAUGCUAAUUUAAAAGAUGACCAGUCAUUAUUAGCCUGGUUCUGUAUGGAAUGCAGGUACAUUACGGAACACAGGUCAGGUCACUACCAAUUCUUUUUUUGAAAAAUUGGUUUGACCAAGUCAUGUGCCGGUGACAUCAACUGAAAAAGUUAGUCUAGAGUGCUGGUAGUGCUAGGGCAAAACAAAAAUGUUCACCCCUUAGGGUCCAUAGGACCAGGAUUAAGAAAUACUGCUCUAUAGCAUUUACUUCCUUUUCUCUCUCCUACCCUCUCUCGCCUGCUCUCUCCCACCCAGAGUUCUGAUAUACACUACUUUGGCCUCUCCAGACUCGCUUGAGGUUUUCACUACCUGCCUUCUUUGCCCCCUUUCUGUUUUCCCGCUCUGGGGUGAAGUUUCCCCUAGGUAGGGCUCUAUGAUCAGCUUGCCCUCCUUAAAUCCUGACCUUCACCAUUAGUUGCAGAAAUGCUAAACUAACCCAGGACCAGUGUCUACUUCACCCAGGAUCUAUUUUACCCACCUCUAUUCUUGUCUGCCAACCUGUUUCUCCUCCCUCUGUUUCGAGGACACAGUCCGGCAUAAGUGCCACAGUGGAUGUUCUCUGAUCUAGGGGUCGCCAGGACAACAUCAGAACUGUUCCUGACCAAUCAAAACAAAUCACUGUCACAUGACUUCACCUGCUCUUUGACCUGUCGGUCACAGAUCAACAGCUGGGAACAGACUAUUUUGAUACACUAAACCAUGGGUGUCAAAUUCAAUCUAUGGAGGGCCUAGUGUCAGCGGGUUUUUGGUUUUUCUUUUCAAUUAAGACCUCGACAACCAGGUGAGGGGAGUUCUUUACUAAUUAGGGACCUUUAAUUCAUCAAUCAAGUACAGGGAAGGAGCAAAAACCCAGACACUCAGCCCUCCGUGGAAUGAGUUUGACACGUGCACUAAACCAACCAAAAAGGCUACAACAGGAUGUAGUGAAGGCCCUCUUCCCACACCUCCCAAUAUGUCACUUCAACAUAGACAGCAAAAUGAAUGUCAGUCUCCAGAAAUACUGCCCAAAGCCACCAGAACAAAAACGAGUGCUUUUAUUGUUCAGAAUAUAGACAUACUCCAUAUUUUAGAGGACACUAUAAGGAGUAUGACACCGAGAUGUCCAUACAGUUCACGAUCAUAGGGUCUUACAGGAGGGAUCUUUUUAAAAAGGGAAUAAAAUGGCCCUUCUAUCAUUAUUUUAUCAAAAAUGGUUUGUGAUGCAUGGAAAAAGCAUUUAAAACAUGUAUUUCCUUCCUGAAUUUUCUAUGGGAGAAUUGCCAGAACAAUCUGAGAUGGACAAAAUAUUUUCCGCUCCCACACGUGGAACCACCCUACUGUCUCAAAGACUGUGUGCUGCCCAUGAUGUGUUAAAAAAUAGAAAGGAAUACAGUAUACAUUACUUUAUUGCUCCUCUGACAAAUUAAUGUCAUAUGAUCAACAAUGGACACUGUACGGACAAUAGUCCAUAUAAAAUUUGCAGGUCUGUGUUGAUUACAAGUCCCAACGAUUUGUGUACAAAAUUGAGUGCAAUGGAACAGUUCUAAGUAAAGGCCAUGUUUAUUUGAAGAACAAGCCUUGUUUUUAGUCUGAUUGUAGAUGGACAAACAGGAUUGUUACGGUGCCUUUAUAACAUGAUAUAGUUUCUCGUACUAUUCAUAUAAGUGUAUCAUUAAAGAGGAAGGAGCACUUUUCUGUUUUAAAUACACAUUUUUAUAGCAGACUGUCUCUUCCCACGGUUACAACACCCCUUGCCUUCUUUACGACAAACAAGCAAGUGUUUUUUUUUAUUUGACUUUCGAUUCCAGUUUAAUUCAAUACAGUAUUACAUCUCUCUUCCAUUGACUAAGCUGAAACAUAAAGUGUAUCAGCUUUCUGUGUCCAGUACAGUAUUAUUUGUCAGCCAUAAGGGACAAUUGCAUUCUGUCAGUUCAGUAUGUGAACUGGAAUUCUGAAUUAAAGUGCCUUUGAAAACGAAUGGCACUUUUCCUAUUCUAGAAUGGAAUUUCUCAAUUCAACUUCUAGAACUGAAAGAAUUGUAUUGGAAUUGACCCCAGCCCUGCUGUCCGUGUCCAAGGAGUUGACAGCAACACCCUGUCUUGUCUGACAUAGAGAACUUUGUAGGAACCAUCAGCUGUCUUGAGUGUUCAUCCCAACAGCUAUGUUUUCAGGAGAUUUGUACAUGAUGAAACACAAUCGAUACCUCAAUUAAAUGGAUGUUUUGUGCAAA